CAUGGAGAAUGAUGGCUUUUGCGUGACCGAGAAACCGCUUCUGCUUGGGGAUCAAGGCUAUACCCAACCCAUUCGCGGCGAUUAUUUCCCGAUUUAAACGAAGAACUUUUAGCGACCACCAUGCGUUGCGAGAUGAUGGAAGCGCCUUCCAGCUACGGUUUUACAGCAAGUGCCUUGUACGAUACAAUCCAUGGUCGAGUUCGUUCUCCCAUGCAACAAAACAUGAAUCGUCAUCCCAACUGUCAGCUUGAUCCGGUCGACGACCACUGCGACGAUUUGUUACCACUGGAAAUCGAUGAUGAUCCACUGAUUGAACCAGAUACCCAAUCUUGCGAUCCACAUUGUCCGUCAUCUUCCGACCAUGAUAUGCACUCUCAACACAUAGAAUCCAAUACUUUGACAUGUGAUUCCUUGGACCGGCCUUCAGAGACCGAGGAUCGCCAACAAACAAUCUUAUCAUGCGGUGUCUUUUCUCUCUAUAUACCUCCCCAUUCACCCACUGAGGAUUUUGAGCCAGAUACUUUACCUUGUGAUUUCCUUGGCUCAUCCCCUUCCGAUCCCGCACCGAAUGCAGACGAUGAACCCCGUACGUUACCUCACGCUGCAUCCCCUUCCAACCACGAAUCUCAGGACGACAGUGAACCUGAUACUUUACCCUAUGAUCCUCACGCUGUACUAUCGUCGGAUAACAAACGCCAGGACGAUAGUGAACCCGAUACUCCACCCUAUGAUCCUCAUGAUAUAUUACCGUCGGAUAACGAACGCCAGGACGACAGCGAGCCGGAUACAUUACCUUACGAUGCUUGCGCCGCACCAUCCACACAUCACCAAUACCAGGACGACAGCGAACCAGAUACCUUACCCUAUGAUUCUCACGCUAUAUUACCGUCGGAUAAUGACCGCGGGGAUGACAGCGAACCCGAUACGUUGCCCUAUGAUCCUCAUGCCGUAUUAUCAUUGGAUAACGAACGUCAGGACGAUAGCGAACCCGAUACUCUACCCUAUAACGCAUUCGAUGCUCCAGUCUCAGGACCUGCGGGCGACUCAGAUACUUUACCGUAUAACCGGUAUGCAUCAUCAGGAUGUGAUGAUAACAAUAGUCAAGACAGCGAAACAGAUACGCUUCCAUACGAGAAGGAGGAGGAGGAUCAACAAGAUGCUGCAGCCAGUACAAAUCAAGUGCCUGAUACACCCCGCAUGCCUACUUCUGUUCCCAUGGAUGUUGUGUGUGGUGACGCCAGUAUCAUGGCGCGAGUGAAUGAAAUUCGUAAGCGUCAGGCGAAUCGUGAGAGUAUUCGACCCUGUGCCGUUCCGGAAGAGGAUCCUUUAGGUGGCGACAAUCUCGGAUUAUCACUUGACCUCGAUGAAUUUUACGGCGACAUUAUUUCUUUUCCGGAGAAGUCCAAAGAAUCCUCAGACAACGACGCUUCAACGGAGCAUUGUGAUGAACCUGUCGACGACGAAGUACAUGAUUUCACAGCCUCCUUAUCGAUUGGACAAUGCCAACCACCAUCACCUGCAUCCGCCUCAGAGAUUUCAAAAGAAGCACAUUCUUUUUCUUCCAGUGAAACAAGACCAAAUUUCCAUGCACCAUCCACCGAUGCUGCCGCCGUCCGUACACAUACACGAACCUCCACCGGUCCCCGAAAAAGAACGUUAACUCAUGCCAAGCGAAUAACGGAUCAUUGCGAAAUCGGUUGUUUUGAUCCUUUGGAUGACCAUAUUGCAGAAUUUUCAGAUGACGAAGAGGCCGUUAUCAUGCCCGUUGUCUCUGAUGUCGAAGCCUUCACGCCCACCAGUUCCGACGCAGAAUCCCAUCCCGCGAUACCAGAUUCACAUGAACAGGUUUCAGAUCACGGUGCCGACGCCGUUUCAUACCACGACCAGUCCCACCGCAGCUGCCAGGUGGCAUCCGAUAUGUGCUUGGACACAGCGGAACCGCCCAAAGAAAACCACGCAUUCGCAGAGACACGAGACAAAGCCAUGCGUUAUGAUCCAGCGGAUGUGAUGAGCGAGGUCGAUUCGAAUGAUUCGCAAUCGGCAUGCGAUAUGGAGCCCUACGUCCUCGCGGAUCAAAGUUAUGACGGUUCAUUCGAUAUCGAUACUUAUCAAGUGUUCAGUCCAGAGCUUAGCACCGAUCUAAGCGCCCAUUACGUGGAAACCUCGGAUCAGAGCGAUUAUGAAAUACAUGAUCUUCUCGGUAUCCAUGAUUCCUUAUCAUCAUCCGACGACGACGAUCGGGAUGAAGACAUGCUCGCGUCGAAUACUGUCAUGCGUGGACGAUCGAUGUCUUUGCAAGAGGCCAUGGAAAAAUCAGAGAUCGAUUCCAGUCAGAGAAAACUGAAACGUCAGCGAACCUUGUUGGACAUGUCGUUUAUAUCGUCUUCGGGUUCGUCUUCGCUGUCAUUAUCGCAACGAAGCGGGGCAAGUCAACAGUCCAUUCUCAGCAGUCUAUCUCAACCACGAUCGAUGACGCCCGAAAUCACCACCAUGAAAGGUUUUGACCGUAUUGUGAAACCGAAUGCUCCGAGAUCGAUGUCUUCUUCCAGCCAGACCGAAGGAAAAGAAUGGAUGCCGCAUCGAUCGGAUGUGUCCAAAGACGAUACUGAAAAGGUCGACUCGGACUCUCAGAAAACGCAAGAUUCGUCCAUAUCAACGUCAGUCGGGUCCCGUUCACGCCGGUCAUCGUCCUCUAUUUCAUUUGAAGCCUUGAUUCCCGCCGGCCCAAGACGACCUACAAUCGGUCUUUCGAAAAAACGAAGUUGUCCGCGAUUGUUUAAAGGUUCGACCUCGACCCAUGGUGACAGCGCGGCCGCAUCCAUUCCUGUUUCGAAACCCAUCGGCAUUACCAAAGCUGUAGCUCGCAAACGAUCCUAUGGCAUGCGCGCCAAACAUCUGUAACCUCUUUAUUUGUUUUCAAUCUAUACCAUGUACAUAAGACCACUCCUUCCUCAUCAAAAAGCUACCUGCCAUCUUUUCUU